CUUUCAAAUUCGACUGUAAUGCAAAUAUUUAACCUUAACCUAACCCUAACUAAAGAUCAUUGGAGUUAAAAGGAACUGCAACCGCUGAGAAAAGUCUAAUAUAUAGAUCAUGCUGGUCAGUCGUGUGUAUCACCCUCACCAAGGAAGCCAAAUUUUUGCCAGGGCAGCGUUUAUGGUUCAUGGCAUUCGCUUUGCUUCAAUGAACAAAAGUAAAACAAACACAGAGAUCUUUGAACCAUUGCCAAGAGAAGAACUUGUUACUAAAUUUAAGUCGAAAUUACGUGACAGAGAGUUUACACCAGGUUCCACACAAGGUGGUUUCCCAGAGUUCUUAGCGGAACCAAGAGAUUCCCUUCCACUUGGUGUACGCGUCCACAAUCCUAACCAGGCCUCUCUCGCUCAACUGACCGCGAAGUGUAUGGAAUUCAUGGAAGAAAAUCAUUCACAAUGUCCGGCUAUUUUGUUUCGUGGCCUUCCGGCUCGAACAGCCGAUGACUUCUCGACUAUUGCUGGUAACAUUCCCGGAAAGCCUUUGUCGUAUGAGGUCGGUGGCAGUACAUAUCGUAAACAAGUUGACAAAAGUGUGAAGACUUAUACCGCUAGCGACGAUCCAUUAGAGGUUACUAUGGAUACGCACAACGAGAUGUCUUAUCUCAAUACUUGGCCCAAAAAGCUUUUCUUUUACAGCGUAAAGGAGGCUGACGAUAAUUGUGGUGGUGAAACACCGUUGGUCAAGAACAGCGAACUCCUUUCCAAAUUGGAUCCCAAAGUAGUGGCGAAGUUUGAAGAAAAGGGUGUGCGAUAUGUACGAUAUUUGCGGGACAAAUCCCACGAUGAAUACAUGAAUUGGCAACACAUGUUUGGCACUGAAGAUAAAAAGGAAGCAGAGAGGCGAGCAAAAGGUAAAGGGUACCACGUGAGCUGGAAUGAAGCACAAGACUUACGUCUCUGGCAAAACAGACCCGUGUCGAUACAGCACCCGCAGACCGGAAAUAAGAUUUGGUUCAAUCAGAUAGCGGCCAUGCACAGCUCUUAUUACCAAAUUAUGCCCACGUUUAUUGGUAAAGGUAUCCCGGAUGACGAAUGCCCUUCCAACACAUAUUAUGGAGACGGAAGUCCGAUUGAACCAGAAGUAAUACAACACAUACGAGCAACAACCUGGUCAUGCGCAGUUGGUUUUCAAUGGCGAGCAGGAGACCUACUGGCAUUGGAUAACUUAGCCGUUCAGCAUGGACGCAUUGGUUACAGUGGUGAGAGAAAAGUACUCGCUUACCUCACUUGCUAGAGUGAAACUUAAUUGGAUGUUUGCAUGUUGGCUAGAGUGUCUCAAGGGACCAAUCCAAGACGUUUAACUAUAACAUUCAAUUAAUUUUGAAAACCUGUGCAGUCUUUGUAUAGUUUCCAGUUCAGCUUAUGACUAGUUAAUCAGACACUGACAUCAAUCUAACAAGAUGAUAGAGCUAGUGAACCAUAUGUGGUAUCAAGUAACUAUAGGCUUUAUCUGCGCUUUAGACCCAACAUUGGCUUCGUUCUAAGGCUUUGAUGAAAGUUUGAACGGAAAUAAAAAUUAUUUUCUUUUGAAAUAUUUUCCUUGGAGUGAUCAGAUAACUGAGCCGAUUAAAAAAAAGUCGUGUUGGGAACCUAUCCUAGACAUUAUUUCAUAAGUCACGAUGAAUUUCAUUUUCUAAUCUAUCUGU